AUGGAGACCGUGUCCCUACCACCUCUGCUCACGGAGAACGCGACCUUCUCGGCUGCUCCGCGCUCGGCGCUCAUCUUCUUGGGCACGGGCGCGCUCAGCCUGCUCACGGUGCUGGGAAACGCGCUCGUCAUCAUAUCCAUCUGCGUCAACCGCCGGCUGCAGACGGUCAACAGCUACUUCAUCUUUAGCCUGGCGUGCGCAGAUCUCAUAAUCGGCGCCUUCUCCAUGAACGUCUAUGCGGUGUACGUGUGGCGGGGCGCGUGGCCGCUGGGCGCUGCGCUGUGCGACCUGUGGCUCUCGAUCGACUACGUGGCGAGCAACGCGUCCGUCAUGAACCUGCUCAUCAUCAGCUGCGACCGCUUCCUGUGCGUGUCGCGGCCGCACACCUACCCGGCUCGCCGCACGGCCCGCGCCGCCGCGAUCGUGAUCGCGGCCGCUUGGCUGCUAUCCUUGCUGCUGUGGGCCCCGGCCAUCGUGCUCUGGCAGUUUGUCGAGGGGGUGCGCACCGUGCCCCAAGACGCCUGCUACAUCCAAUUCUUCUCUAACCCCGCGGCCACCUUGGGCACAGCCAUCGCCGCCUUCUACCUGCCUGUAGCCGUCAUGUGCAUUCUCUAUCUCUACAUCCUGCGCGCCAGCAGGUGCCGCGUGCAGCCGGGCGAGCGGCCUCAGCAGCGGCCACAGGGCCCAGUGAGACUCAUGGCCUCGGCCAAGGUGCUGUUCCAAUGGCCUGGAGAUGGCCGCUCGCGCAGCGCUGGGAGCGCCGCGAGUGAACGGGACGCAGAGGGGGAGAGAGCAGCGCCGAGCGCGCGGCUGGAGCUACACGCGGCCGGGCACGACGGCGCCGCACAGAUGGAUUGCAGAUCUCGUCGGGGAAGUUCCCUCCCCGAACUCAGCCCAGGCUCCGGAGACGAAGAAGUCGACGGCGGGAGCGGCCCGGGAGCGGCGCCUCGCGUCCCCCCCGCGCGGUGCCGCCGUGCGCGCCGCCGUCGUUUGUCGAGCGAGAACGGAGAGGCGAGCGGAGAGACGGCGAGUGGCGGCCCGCGGCUCCGAGUGGGUGGGGGAGGUGGUGCGGGCGCGGCGCGGCGUAGCGGGAGCUUCGGCGGCGCCCGGGCGCGGCGCGAGAGGAAGCUGACCCGCACCGUGGCCGCCGUGCUGCUUGCGUUCAUCGUCACGUGGACGCCCUACAACGUGAUGGUGCUGCUCGCCGUGUUUUGCACGGACUGCGUGCCCCACGCCGCCUGGGAGCUGGGCUACUGGCUCUGCUACGUCAACAGCGCCGUGAACCCCGCGUGCUACGCGCUCUGCAUCCGCGAGUUCAAGCGCACAUUCCUGCAGCUGAUGCGCUGCCGUUGCGGGAGCCGAGCGCAGGUCCGGCGCCUCGCGACCGGGAUAGCGCGGGGCAGGUGA